UGCAGGGUGUUAUUUCAUGGAUCUGGUUUUUGUGCAGACACGCGUUCAGAGUGUGGUGGUGCUGCUGCUGUGGAAGCAACAAUUUAUUUUUGGCAUCUGACAUUAAAGCUCACCCUUCCUCUGCAAUGACAGCAGCCCCACAGAGCUGCAACAGCACCGGGGUCUGACAGGAGCUCUUUGUCCGUCUCUCUCUGACACGUUGUGAUAAUGAUGGAUGACCUAUAUAACUGCAGGGACUGACCGGCACGUUUCUGUCAGCGACCUGUUGUGAGCUGUGAGAGGAGAGCAGUUGGUGAAGCAGCGUCACAGCAAUCAUGACCAAAGAGGACGAGAUCCCCGACUGGGUGGGAGCCCAGGAGUUCUACGACAAGUACGAGUCCAAGGAGGUUCUGGGAAGGGGAGUGAGCAGCGUGGUGCGUCGCUGCAUCAACAAACGGACGUCUCAGGAGUACGCGGUGAAGAUCAUCGACAUCACCCCCUCGGACAAGACCACCCCGCAGGAGAUUGAGGAGCUCAGAGAGGCGACGGUGAAGGAGAUCGACAUCCUGAAGAAAGUGAGCGGAGGGGAGAACAUCAUACAGCUCAAAGACUGCUAUGUGUCCAACGCCUUCUUCUUCCUGGUUUUCGACCUGAUGAAGAGGGGUGAACUUUUUGACUACCUCACAGAGAAAGUCACUCUGAGUGAGAAGGAAACCAGGAAUAUCAUGCGUGCUCUGCUGGACGUGGUCCAGUUUCUCCACAGCCAGAACAUCGUCCACCGGGACCUGAAGCCUGAGAACAUCCUUUUAGACGACGAGAUGAACAUCAAACUCACCGACUUUGGCUUCUCGGUGCAAAUCGAGCCGGGACAGAAACUCAAAGAGGUGUGUGGGACCCCUGGUUACCUCGCUCCUGAGAUCAUCCAGUGCUCCAUGGACGCAGGGCAUGCAGGAUACGAUACUGCUGUGGACAUAUGGAGUUCAGGGGUGAUCAUGUACACGCUGCUCGCAGGUUCUCCGCCCUUCUGGCACAGGAAGCAGAUGAUGAUGCUGCGUAUGAUCUUGGGUGGGACCUACGACUUCUCGUCUCCAGAGUGGGAGGACCGCUCAGACACUGUGAAGGAUUUGAUCUCUCGGAUGCUGGUGGUGGACCCGAAGCAGCGAUACACAGUCACAGAUGUCCUCAACCACUCGUUCUUUUCACAGUAUGUGGUGAAUGAAGUACGACAGUUCACUCCAUACAGGCGCUUCAAGGUCAUUUGCAUGACUGUUCUCGCCACAAUGCGAAUCUACUGCAACUACCGCCGUGCCAAGCCCGUCACCAAGGAGGUGAUCAUGAGCGACCCGUAUGCUGUGAAGCCCAUCCGCAAGCUCAUCGACGCGUGUGCAUUCAAGAUCUAUGGCCACUGGGUCAAGAAGGGCCAAACGCAGAACAGAGCAGCACUUUUCGAGAACACUCCCAAGGCCAUCCUGCUGUCGAUGACGGCCGAGGCCGACGAGCCGGUCCACCACAUCUCUUAAUGAGGUACUGUUCCUCAAGACACAUCUGCUGGAGAUUAAUGGGGAUGAUAUUCUACUACUCAGCUUGGCUUUUUUUUUUUUACUCUUCACUGUUGGAAAGGAAAUUAACUGGUAAAACAUAACCGACUACAACCA